CUGGUUGAGUCUUUUUUUUCAGUUGUCCUAUGGCUGAUCCUAAAUAGUAAGGGUCCAAAUUUAGACGUAGACCAGCAGAGCUUAAUAAAUGUCCUAUCUAUAUUUGGGAGCUGUAAGGUCAAUUACAAGUUAAAUUAUAUUGACCUGAUCCACUCUCAUUUAUUAUGUAUUGAAUCUAGGAUAAGCUCACCUCUUUAUAGCCUGCUAUAAAGGGCUGUGCAACUCUUGAUGUCUAUCAUCAUCAGGAGAUAGAUAAUCAUCAAAUGGAACGAUCUACAAGCAUGUAUCAUAUUAUACAUAGAUGGUUGUCUAUUUAAUAAGGACCAUUGAGAGUUGUAUAGCACUCUAUUGUCUCGGAUGAAAGAUGAUGAGGGAACAAGUGACUAAAAAUUCAUUUGAUUUGCAGGAAGAGGUGGGAGGAAGUAUGAAGAAAUGUUUUAUAUUUGAUUGAAAUUUUUAAGGAGAGAUGAAAAAAUAGUAACCUAUAGGAAUAUAAUUUUUAUAUUUUAUGAAAAAAAAAUUCUAUAUAGGACAUCGGAAAAUCCAAUUCCCAUCGUCUAGGAAUUAGGGUAAUUUUUAGAUAAUAUAAGAUAAGAUGUCUCUUUUUAUAAAGGGCAUAACAGGUAGUUUAUAUAAUUUUAUUAAAAAAAUAGAUGCCCAAUCUAAAAUGAACUACCCUGGAAGGUGCCAUUUUUUCCAUCGUCAACCAAACUAUCCCUCUAAUUUAAUUUUAAAAAAAAAAUAGAAAAGAUUCUGAGUGCCCCCGCUUGAUGCCCUGGACCAUUCAUCCAUCUCUCUUCCGCCUUGAUGCCCUAAUUUGGCCCAAUACUCCUUGGUUUCAUUUUGAGGAGGAAAACGAUGGCAGACGAGGACGAGGACACCAACGUUGACCUGCUACUCUUUUCUACCCUCCAUGACGACGAAGACGAAGCCGGAGAAGAAGCCGCACUGGAUGAUGCCGCCGCCCAAUGGACGCCCAAUCAGCAGCACUACCUCCUCAGAUCCAUCGGUGAUACGAUAGUAAUAAGGCAGCUCCCCUACCGGGGCCUCUCCUUCCAGCUCUGGCCCGCCGCCUCCUCCCUCGUUUCCCUCCUCGACCACAACCCCUCCGCCCUCCUCCUCCCCACUUCUCCCUCCCCCAUCCCUCUCCGCAUCCUCGAGCUCGGCUCCGGCACCGGCCUCGUGGGCAUCGCCGCCGCCGCCAUCCUCGGCGCCCACGUCACCCUCACCGACCUCCCCCACGUCCUCCCCAACCUCCGUUUCAACGCCGACUCGAACGCCCACGCCCUCGUCCCCCGCGGCGGCUCCCUCGACGUCCGCCCGCUCAGUUGGGGCGACUCCUUGGACGAUUCGGUGUUCGACGUGGUCGUGGCGUCGGACGUCGUCUACUACGAGCACCUCUUCGACCCACUGUUGCAGACUCUUGAGGUGUUGGUGAGAGGGGAGGUGGCAUUCGUGAUGGGCCAUCUGAGGCGGUGGAAGAAGCGCGACUCCGUCUUCUUCCGAAAGGCCAGGAAGCUGUUCGACGUUGCCGUGCUCCAUACCGACCCUCCGCUGCCUGGCUCUCGGAAUGGGGUCACCAUCUACAGAUUCACGGCUAAGAAACGGGCGGUCAAAGCAUCGCCAGAGAUUUGAAUAUUGUGUUAUUGUUUCUAUUUUGCAAUUAGAUGUUUGGAUGGUAGGGAAAGUAUCCAAAUGGAGGAUCUUCUCUCUCCCAUGUCAAACAAAAAAAAAAAAAAGGUUUAGUAUUCGCUCUUUCUCAUUAAA